GAGCUAGAGAUCGGUAACGCAGGCACAGACAUCGGCACGGGACCGUGGUGUGCGUCUAGAUCUACCAGUGCGUGUGUGUGCGGUGCAUGACUGGUCUGUGUUCUUCAGCAAGAACAGGUAACUGGUUGCGAGCGUAUGUAUCUAGCCACAAGCGUUGAUACCUGGCGUGGUCGAGGUUUCGAGAUCCGUGUGGAGGUUUGAGUCUGUCAGUUCUUCCCAGCCGUCCAGAACGCUCGUUUGCACCGUUCCGAACCACUGCAACAGUUCAACGAUGGAGCAGAUCAAGAGAAAACUUGCCACGAUGCGUGAGCAGCUGGAUCAGGCCGAGCAGCGAGAGGGGGAUGCGAAAGCGGAGUGCGCCUCGCUGAAGGAGAAGCUAGAAACUGCCGAGAACGAGGAGAAGACGCUGACGAGGAAGUUGAAGCUAACGGAGGAUGACUUGGCGAAAGUAGAGGAAAUGCUUGAUGAUACGCGAGCUAAACUAGAGACGAGCGAGGCAAAAGCAGAAGAGGCUAUCAGGGAGCUGGCAUCAUACCAAGGCAACUCUGCCGGAGAUGCGGACAAAUUGGCCGAUUUGGAAGAGCUGUGCAAGCAGCAGCAGCAACAACUGGAGGAGAAAGCCUCCGAAAAUGAUGAGCACGAGAGACGAAUUCUUAUCCUGAAGACCGACCUGGGCAAAGCCGAGGACAGUGUUGAUGAAUAUCGUGCGAAGAUAGAGGAGCUGGGCGAGAAAGAACGAAAGUGCGAGGAAUUGGAGCGCAAGAUAGCGAUGCUGGAGGGUCAACUUGGUACGGCACAGGACAAGGCGGCAGAAUGGGAGCAGAUGUACAUCAAGAAAAAGGAAGAGCUCGAGCAAAGCCUUGCCGAGCUGGAUGACAUCUAAGAAAUUUAUAAUACGGGGUAAGCGGCGGUCGAUCUAAUGCGGUGCUAGUGUACGUGUGUGACAUUUUUGGUCGUGGACCAGGUGUGCAUGGACGUGAGAGUGCGUGGAAAAACUUUUCCGGCUGCCUCUGACGCGCUGUGAACUCGGUCUGCAGACGUAGACUGCACUGCCAUUUGACUGAUUAGUACCGAUGCUGCUAGUUCUGUUUUUCAAUUUUUCGUUGCCCCUUUCUGUUUCACAUACUUCGAAGUAGCUUGGUACCAAUACCAUGGUGCAAAGCUAAUGCCAGAGCGGUAUCCAUGUACGUGUACGUAUAUGUGUUGUUGGAGCACGGAGCAAUCUUCCCAGUGUGGGUCUGGUGUUGUUACUGUGGGUGGUGGUCACCAUACAUGUACUGCUCUGCUCAUCAUCCCGCGACAGCAUCCAAGAGAGUUUGCAACAUAUAUUAUGUACAUGUAUCUCCCAGUUCAAAUCGAAGUUUUAGGCCCUUCAGUUUUUCCUGUGCCUUUCUUUUGUAGACUAUUAGUAUUACAUAUUACAAGUACCAGUGCGUUUUGAUAUGCGGCCAGUGGCACAUGAACACAGAGAAAGACAUCCGAUAUCAUACAGCUGCAUUGUUUUCAGCAGCUUAUUCUGUCCCUUUCAAAUCUUCUAAGAUCUGCCAGAAUCCUUGUUCCCUGAUGCACUUUUCUAUUAUCAAAGAAAUGAAUUAUGAUCUUUCA